AAAUGUCUUGUACAUGCCACCGAGUCAGCCAUCAUAGACUGGAGCUACCAGAUCCAGGAAGCACUGAAGAAAGAGUCCUCAGAGCCUCUCCUGCAAGGCAGCAACCCCAACCCGAAGGUGGAACUGGAGUUCUGGAAGAACAGGUGUGAUGACCUUGAGUGCAUUUACAAUCAGCUGAGAACAAGGAAGGUCAGGAACAUGAUGGAGGUGCUGGAGAGAGUCGAGAGCAGCUACAUCCCCACCUUCAAAUCUAUGCUAAUGGAUGUUGAGGCAGCUUUGACUGAAGCUCAGGACAUUCACCUGCACCUGACACCCCUCAAGCACCACUUGGAGUACAUAGAGAGGGUUGAGUUCAGCGAGGUGAAGCCUUUCCUGGUCCCCCUUCUCCAUGUGGUGUGUUUGAUCUGGGUCACCUCCAAGCACUACAACGUGCCUGGGCGGAUAGUAGUGCUGCUCCAGGAAAUCUGCAACCUUCUCAUUCAGCAGGCCCUGGUUUACCUGUCUCCAGAAGACCUUCUGAAAGGGGAGAUGGAAGAGAGCCUGGGCAAGGUGCAAAUGGUGUGCGGCAUCCUGAAUGCAUUCAAAGGGGCAUUCGAGGAGAGAAGGGAAAAACUUCAUACAUAUUAUGAACCAGGCCAAGAAGUGAGGGAGUGGGACUUCCAUGCCACGAUGGUAUUUGCGAGGCUGGACAGCUUCAUGAAGAGACUGAAGGUGGUAGAGGAUCUGCUGGCAAGUGCCUUGGACCUAAUGAAGCUGGAGAAGAUUGAGUUCAGUGGUAUUAAAGGGAAGGCCCUGGGCCAGCAUGUGCUGGACAUGUAUGAGGAAUUCCAGGAGGCAUACAGGGUGUUUGCAGAGAAAACCUAUGACUGUCUUGACCUGAUGAACACGGAGUUUGAAAAAGACGCCUUUGAUUUCCAGUGGAAAGUAGAAGACAUCGACCGGCGGCUGGGCACUGUUUUCAUCCAGGCUUUUGAUGAUGCCUCGGACUUGGAGCACAUCUUCCAGUUGCUGGACAUGUUUGGGAGCCUUUUGGAGCGACCAGUAAUUGCUGCAGAUGCUGCUGACAAAUACUCUGUCCUCAUCAGCAUGGUCAAGAGUGCCUUGGACCAUGCUAGGCUGAUCUACUUGAGGCACAUCCAGGCAGAGACAGAGCUCGGAUCCCACCCUGUGCACAAGAACAUGCCACCAGUAGCUGGAGCAAUAGGCUGGGCUCAGGAGCUGCGAGCACGAAUCCAGGUGCCAUUUGGCCACUUCAGGCACAUCCCACAUCUCUACCUGGACUCUGCUGAAGGAAGCAGGGUGAUAGAGAAGUAUGAAGAAAUGAUCCAGCUGCUUGACAGGUAUCAGGAAAAGCUCUAUGUAGACUGGUCCCAGACAGUCUCUGAAAAAUCACAGUACAACCUUACUCAACCGCUCAUCCGGCGAGAUCCAGAAACCAAACUGAUCACAGUCAAUUUUGAUCCCCAGCUGGUUUUGGUGCUGAGGGAGGUGAGCUACCUGUCUGGGAGCCAGAUGGGAGCCAUCCCACUGACAGCAGCAGAAAUAUAUUCCUCCAAGGAAUCAUACCGGCAGAUAGUGGCUAACUUGGACGUGAUGGUGAACAGAUACAACAAGGUCCUGAAGACAGUCCUGGAGGUCGAAUACCCUCUAAUACAGGGACAGCUGCACGAUAUUGACUCGAAGCUGAAAGAGGCAGAAGAAACCCUGAACUGGAGGACGGAAGGUGUCUGGGAUCAAGUCUCCAUGAUGAUGGAUGGUGUCUAUGACCUCGAGCAGAGGAUACAGAAAGCCAAAAAUAAUGUUGAGGAGAUCCAGACCAUUGUGCAAUCAUGGGUGUCGCCUAUAUUUGAGAGGAAAGAUGGUAAAAGGGAAUCACUGCUAAGCCUAGAGGACUAUCAGGACCAUCUGGAAAGACGUUACAGUCUUAUCAGAGAGUCAGGACUGAGGAUUCAUUCACUGGUGAAGGAAAACCAGAAUCUCUUACUUGCAGACCCAGAAUCUGAUGUCUGGAAGGCCUAUGUAGAUUAUGUGGAUGAGAUAGUCUUGGAUGGAUUCUUCACUGCUAUUGAGUGUUCACUCAAGUACCUCCUGGAAAACACAGAUCCCAAGGCAGGGCUUGCCCCCCUGUUUGAGGUGCAGCUGGAUUUGGUGAUUCCAAAUUUGAUAUUUCAUCCCUCCUUGGACCCCAGCACAAAUGAUGGCUUCUACGACAUGGUGGAAAGCCUUCUCAAUGAUAUCUAUCGGAUCUCAUCGCUGGUGCCCCGGCUGGCCAAGCACAGUGGCUUCCCACACUACCAGGCUGACAUGGAGGACAUGGCCGAUCUGGCUGACAUGCGCCAUGACAUGAUGGGACGUGUGCAGGCCGUGAUGUCAGCCUGCUGCGAUUAUCGCAGUGCCUUCGACCAGUACUCCUACCUCUAUGGGGAUGAUAGAAGGGAGUUCUGCCGCCAGUUCCUCCUCUAUGGGCACAUCCUCACUGCUGCUGAAAUGGAGGCCCAUGCAGAAGAUGGUAUCGCCGAGACACCUCCCACACUGCAGCAGAUAAGAGAGCAGAUUGACUCCUACGAGAAGAUCUAUGAGGAGGUGAAUCGCAUUGAACCCAUCAGCAUCUUCCAGAGCUGGAUGAAAGUCGAUGCUAGGCCUUUCAAGGCAUCCUUGCUGAACGUGAUUAAAAGGUGGAGCUUGGUGUUCAAGCAGCAUCUCAUGGACCAUGUCACGCACAGCUUAGCUGAGCUUGAUAAAUUCAUAAAAACUGCUGAAAAAGGUUUGAGCAAAAAGGUUGAGAAAGGAGAUUAUGAUGGCUUGGUGGAGAUUAUGGGUCAUCUUCUGGCCAUUAAAGAAAGGCAGAGUGUCGCUGAUGCCAUGUUUGAUCCCCUGAAGCAAACCAUUGAACUGCUGAAGACAUACGAGCAACAGCUGCCGGGGGAAGUCUAUCAGCAACUUGAGGAGCUUCCAGAAAAAUGGAACAAUAUAAAGAAGCUGUCAAUAGCUGUGAAACAGCAUGUGGCUCCUCUGCAGGCGAACGAAAUGACAGUUCUGCGCAAGAGCUGUGCAGCAUUUGAUGUCGAGCAGCACAGAUUUAGAGAGCGAUUUCAGAAAGAAGCACCAUUCAGGUUUGACACCAAAAAGCCCUAUCAACUGCUAGAUGCAAAGCACAUUGAAAUUAAACAAAUGGAGUCAGCCAUGACCUCUAUUUAUGAAUCAGCUGGUCUGUUUGAAGUCAUGGUACCAGAUUAUAAGCAGCUGAAGCAGUGCAGAAAGGAGCUAUGUCUUCUCAAAGAGCUCUGGGAUAUGAUCUUCAUUGUGAACACUAGCCUUGAUGACUGGCAGACCACUAAAUGGGUGGAUAUUAAUGUGGAAAACAUGGAACUGGAGUGUAAAAAGUUUGCAAGAGAUAUUCGGAAUUUGGAUAAGGAAAUCAGGGCAUGGGAUGCUUUCACUGGGCUGGACAGCAAGGUGAAGAACAUGCUGAUGGCCCUGAAAGCUGUGGCAGAACUUCAAAAUCCUGCCAUUAGAGAAAGACACUGGGAUCAACUGAUGCAGAUGACAGGCGUGAGGUUUGCGAUGGACUCGGACACCACACUGGCUGACCUCUUGCAACUCAACCUGCAUAACUUUGAGGAUGAGGUACGUGGCAUUGUAGACAAAGCAGUGCGAGAAAUGAAUAUGGAGAAAGUCCUCAAGGAGCUAAAAAUGACUUGGAGCACCAUGGAGUUUCAGUAUGAGCCUCAUCACCGGACGAACGUCCCAUUGCUGAAGUCAGAUGAGGAGCUAAUUGAAAUUCUAGAAGACAACCAGGUGCAGCUGCAGAAUUUAAUGACAUCCAAAUACAUAGCUUUCUUCUUGGAGGAAGUGUCUCUGUGGCAGAGGAAGCUGUCCACUGUGGACUCCGUCAUUGCUCUCUGGUUUGAAGUGCAGUGUACGUGGUCUCACUUGGAGAGCAUAUUCAUAGGCUCAGAAGAUAUACGGGCACAGCUUCCUGAGGACUCCAAAUGCUUUGAAGGGAUAGAUGUGGACUUUAAAGAACUGGCCUAUGAAACUCAGAAAACCCCAAAUGUAGUUGAGGCCACCAAUAAACCAGGUCUUUCCCAACAACUGGAGGACAUUCAGAGUAGGUUGUCUCUGUGUGAGAAGGCUUUGGCUGAAUAUUUGGACAUGAAGAGGUUGGCCUUUCCCAGAUUUUACUUCAUUUCUUCUGCAGAUUUAUUGGAUAUUCUUUCCAAUGGUACCAACCCACAGCUGGUGCAACGUCAUCUUUCCAAACUCUUUGACAACUUGGCCAAGAUCAAAUUCCAGCCGGACUCUGAGCAAAAUCCAACCAAGGUUGGCCUGGGAAUGUACAGUAGAGAGGAAGAAUAUGUCAGCUUCAGUGAACCCUGUGACUGCAGUGGGCAGGUUGAGGUCUGGCUGAAUCAUGUACUAGACAGCAUGAGGGCUACUGUGAGAGAUGAGAUGACAGAAGCUGUCAUGGCUUAUGAGGAGAAGCCGAGGGAACAGUGGCUCUUUGACUACCCUGCUCAGGUGGCUCUUUCCUGCACCCAGAUCUGGUGGACAACCGAGGUUGGGAUUGCCUUUGCCAGGGUAGAGGAAGGCUACGAGAAUGCAAUGAAGGAAUAUCACAAGAAGCAAGUGACCCAGCUGAACACCCUCGUGACCAUGCUGAUUGGGCAGCUCUCCAAGGGGGACAGGCAGAAAAUCAUGACCAUAUGCACUGUCGACGUGCAUGCUCGGGAUGUGGUGGCAAAGAUGAUAGCGCAGAAGGUGGACAAUGCCCAGGCGUUCAUUUGGCUAUCACAGCUCCGGCACAGAUGGGCAGAUGAGGAGCGGCACUGCUUUGCCAAUAUCUGCGAUGCCCAGUUCCUGUACUCCUAUGAAUACCUUGGCAAUACCCCUCGGCUGGUGAUCACUCCACUGACUGACAGAUGUUACAUUACCCUGACGCAGUCAUUGCACCUCAUGAUGAGUGGAGCUCCUGCAGGCCCUGCAGGCACUGGCAAGACAGAGACCACGAAAGACUUGGGACGAGCCCUGGGCAUCAUGGUGUACGUGUUUAACUGCUCUGAACAGAUGGACUACAAG